CUCAGCUGUCCAGUACUCCACUCAGGCCGGCCAUAUACUCCCCCUUCCCCUUACACCAAAACUUCCCUGGCUCUCUGACCUCAGUGAGAUUGCAGCCAGUCUGGGGAACUGGGGGAGACAUGGAGAAAGAGAUCGGGGAUCCCUUGGCUGGAGCAGACCAUCAAAAUUGGCAACUGUGGCUGGAGAAUCGGAUAUCAGAGUAAUGUUUGACCUUGGGAAACAGACUUCCUCUAUUUUUGACACAUCUGCUGUUUGGGAGUCAGGAUGGGGCAACAUAGUGGACUCUGCCCAGGGAGGUCAUGCAACUUCCCUCCACCCCCACCUAGGGGUAUUGCACAAGGGCCCUGAAGGUGGCUACUGGAACAGGGCACAGAGGCUCACCGGCCACACUUAUCCUUUGGGAGGCUUCCUUCUCCCCAAACUCCAGUCUGUUUAACCCUCCUCUUGAUCUCCCCAGGUUGUCGACACACAUCCUGACUAGUCUGCGACUCUUCUCUUUCCCCAUGCCCAGCCAAAUUUCUUUUUUCAGUCACAGGACGGCCAGUCAAAAUUCACUAGGUAGGAGGGUCAUCAGCUGGGAAGAACCGGCGCCUGGGGGGACCUGGCUGGAUAGGUAUGGGCCAUCGAAGCCAGCCCUCUAGUCCCCGGUCCCCCCAUGACAGUUCCCCAACUCUAAGCACUCUCACUUUUCUGCUGCUCCUCUGUGGACAUGCUCAUUCCCAGUGCAAGAUCCUCCGCUGCAACGCUGAGUACGUGUCGUCCACCCUGAGCCUUCGAGGAGGGGGCUCCCCGGGUGCGCUGCGCGGAGGCGGUGGCCGAGGCGGCGGGUUGGCCUCAGGUGGCCUGUGCCGCGCACUCCGCUCCUAUGCGCUCUGCACGCGGCGCACCGCGCGCACCUGCCGCGGCGACCUGGCCUUCCAUUCGGCUGUGCAUGGCAUCGAGGACUUGAUGAUCCAACACAACUGCUCACGCCAGGGCCCCACGGCCCCUCCGCCUGCCCGCGGACCUGCCCUUCCGGGCGCCGGGCCUGCACCCCCUACACCAGACCCGUGUGACUACGUGGGUCGCUUUUCCAGGCUGCACGGUCGUCCCCCAGACUUCUUGCAUUGCGCUUCCUUCGGGGACCCCCACGUGCGCAGCUUCUACCACCAUUUCCACACAUGCCGUGUCCAAGGAGCGUGGCCCCUGCUGGAUAAUGACUUCCUUUUCGUUCAGGCCACCAGCUCCCCGGUGGCAUCCUGGGCCAAUGCUACUACCACUCGGAAGCUCACCAUCAUAUUUAAGAACAUGCAGGAGUGCAUUGACCAGAAGGUCUACCAGGCUGAGGUGGACAAUCUUCCUGCAGCCUUUGAAGACGGUUCUAUCAAUGGGGGUGACCGACCCGGGGGCUCGAGUUUGUCCAUUCAGACGACUAACCCUGGGAGCUAUGUGGAGAUUCGAGCUGCCUACAUUGGCACAACUAUAAUCAUCCGGCAGACAGCUGGGCAGCUCUCCUUCUCCAUCAAGGUAGCAGAGGAUGUGGCGAGGGCCUUCUCAGCUGAGCAAGACCUGCAGCUCUGUGUUGGGGGGUGCCCUCCAAGUCAGCGGCUCUCUCGCUCAGAACGCAACCGUCGGGGAGCUAUAACCGUAGAUACUGCCAGACAGCUCUGUAAAGAAGGACUUCCGGUGGAAGAUGCUUACUUCCAAUCCUGUGUCUUUGAUGUUUCAGUCUCUGGUGAUCCUAACUUUACUGUGGCUGCUCAGGCAGCUCUAGAGGAUGCACGAAACUUUCUGCCAGAUUUAGAGAAAUUGCACCUCUUCCCCUCAGAUGCAGGGGCUCGCCUCUCCCCUGCAGCCUUCCUAGUUCCUCUUCUUUCAGGCCUGUUUGUUCUGUGGCUUUGCGUUCAGUAAGUAGACCAGCAGCCC